AUGCGUGCAAAAGAUGACCCGCCAUUCAUUGAGAUGUUAAACAGAUUUCGUACUGCUUCUCAAACUGGGCAGGACAUUAAGCAUAUUCAAUCACGAUCAAUAGAUCCAGAAGACCAAAAUUAUCCAUCAGACGCUAUACAUAUAUUUGCAGAAAAUAAACCUGUUGAUCAACAUAACAACAACAAACUACAUCAAUUAUCUGGAGCAAUGUUUACCCUUAGAGCAACCGAUAAGCAUCCCCCAAAUGUAUCUCAAGCUGAUAUCGACAGAGUAUUAUCAAAAGGGCGUUCUGAUACUGGUGGACUAGAUUAUGUCAUACAUGUCAAAGAAGGAGCAAGAGUUAUGCUAACAAGCAAUAUUGAUAUUGCAGACAGACUUAUCAAUGGUCAAAUAGGUACUAUAAGUAAAAUACAUCUCAACCAAAAUACACAAAAACCACCAGUUAUUUACAUAAAAUUUGAUGACAAUAAAGCUGGCAAUAGUAUGAUCACUAAAUCUACAAAUCAAUUUGUUAAGAAUAACCAUGUUGUACCCGUCCCAUUGAACCAAUUUUAG